AGAAGAAGAAGAAAAAAGAAAGACGCGUCCCCUUUUCUUCCACGCCUCCCACCCGCCAAACCCAGCCCACGCGUCCCGACUUUUCUUCUUCUUCUGUCCUCCUCGUGCUCCCCUCCAACCAAACCCUAGAUCGAUCCCCCCAACCCCAGCCCCCGACCCGAAUUCCCCGCCCUACUAGAUCGAUCCACCGCCGGAUCCGAUGGCCAGCCCGCCGGCGGCGGCGGAGGAGGUGCCGAUGGCGCCGGGGUUCCGCUUCCACCCGACGGACGAGGAGCUGGUCUCCUACUACCUGCGCCGCCGCGUCCUCGGCCGGCGCCUCCGGAUAGACGCCAUCGCCGAGGUCGACCUCUACCGGCUCGAGCCCUGGGACCUGCCGCCGCUCUCCCGCAUCCGGAGCCGCGACGCGCAGUGGUACUUCUUCGCGCGCCUCGACCGCAAGGUGGCCGGCGCCGGCGCCGGCGGACGCGGGGGCCCCGGCAACCGCACCAAUCGCGCCACCCCGCGCGGCUACUGGAAGACCACCGGCAAGGACCGCGAGGUGUCCCACCGCGGCCGCCUCGUCGGGAUGAAGAAGACGCUCGUCUUCCACGCCGGCCGCGCUCCCAAGGGCGACCGCACCAACUGGGUCAUGCACGAGUACCGCCUCCUCGACAACGACGGGCCCCAGGUUGGUGAUUCAUUAUCUAGCUCUAUCUUGCAUGGAGUGGCGCCUCACCAUGGGAGGGGAAUUCAGCAAAUAUCACUCCUGGAUAUGCAUGUGGUGUGUAGGAUUUUCCAAAAGGUUGGAUCUGGGCCUCAGAAUGGAGCACAGUAUGGUGCACCAUACAUGGAGGAGGAAUGGGAAGAUGAGGAUGAUGCAAUUGAGAAUACACCUACCAGUGGUACAUCCACUGAAAUGCUUGCGAUCACAGAUACUGCAAGUGCGGAGUCAAAUGUGGAAGAUGAGAACAUAUUUUCUGGAAUUAAUGAGCUUGUGCAAAUCCAAGACGUGCUCAUCCCACCAGAAAUUGUUGCUCCUAUCCAAGCAAUUGCUCCUCUCCAAGCUCAAGGUUUGAAUGGGACUGGCAUGGGCAGCUAUGCUGACGGUGAUGUUUCUCUGGAUGAGAUCCUGCAGGAGCCUGUGUCAGAUGUUAGUGUUGACAAUACAGGUGAACCUGAAGAGCAGAGUCCCAUUGAUGAUCACUUCAGUCUUGCGGAUUUGUCUGGAUGCCCAAAUCAAGAUGAUGGAUAUGUACGUCAGGCUGGCCUGACCAUGUGGAGUGACCCUUCAAAUGGUGAUCAGGCAUAUUAUCCUAUUAUUAGAACUUAUGGUAAUCGAAACCAUGCCAAUAUGGCUCUUAGUGAUGCGGAGUACUUUGACACAGAAAAUGAUACCAAUGCAUAUUUCGGACAGCAGCAAGCUUGUCCUUCAGAUGACCAGAACUUGUAUUCAGGACAGCAGCAAGCUUGUCCUUCAGAUGACCAGAACUUGUAUGGUCCGUCAUUUCCACAGCAAGUGGGUGACAACGAGCAAUUUUAUGAAGCAUCAAGCGAUCACAAAUGGGUAGAUGGAAAGGAUGAUUGUGCAAAUGUGAACGAUCUCUCUAUCUUUGAUGAUGACAUCAUGUCUCUCUUAAAUGCCUCAGAGGGCGAUUUCAGUUUAGAUCUUUUGGGCCCAGUUGACGGCUCUAAUUCUCAAUUUCCAGCAGCAUCGGACUUUGACCAAAAGGAUGAAGCAAAGGCUCAAUAUGGCGCGUCCUCGUCUGGAUCCCGUGAGAACCUUUAUCCAGACAGCAUGGUUACAGAUUUGCCAAUGGACGACAAUGUUGGCAAAAGAUUUGGGAAGUUCGCAAACAUGCUGGGUUCAUAUCCAGCCCCACCUGCAAUGGCUUCGGAAUUCCCACCAACCACAGGAAAAUCCAUCGCCGCGCUCAGCGGGCCUAGUCAGAUUCGUGUCACGGCGGGCAUCGUCCAGCUCGGCGACCACAGUUUCACCGGCAACUCAGACAACUGGCCCCUGCAGAAGAAUGGAGUCUUCAACCUACUCCUUUCUUUCACCGUGGAGAGCAACGUGUCCACGAAGUUGAUUGGUUUCGACGACGAGCCAGCCACUACACGGGUGAGCACCGUCCCAACGGUGCUGCGCGGCGGCCUGUACCUCUUCUUUGUCUCGGCCAUGAUUCUCAUGUUGAGUUUCAAAGUAGGGUCCUGCAUCUACAGCAGGUAAAGCUAAGAGCCUGCCCUUGGGGCUGUUUUCUUUUGGUUUAGCGGGACUAUACAAGGCGCCCCCUCGAUGAUGGCGAGGGAGCAACGACUCAACGCAGUUUUACAUUUACGCUUUUAGUUUGUCAUAUAUGAUCCUGACUUGGUGAAAGGUAUAGUAAAGCAAUAAGCUCUUGAACUGGAGAAAGCCCGGUCGCUUGCACGCGCUCGGUGCUGAGACCUUUGUGCUUCAUCUAGGACCUGUAAUUUAUUCUGUUCAUUUGGUCGCUGCUCUGCGUGUUUGGUAACCCGAACGAUGUAACACUGAUUAUAAACCAUGUGAUAUCUUGGUUGUUUGGCGUGUUGA